AUGAGCAAUUGGCGAAAAGGCCUCCACCCUAUUCUCCCAAGAAAUAUAUUCCAGCUCGCUGAAUGGUUGCAGAGUGGAGUGUGGACAGAGGAGUUAAAGUUUAAACUUUCAUUUGCAAAUGUGCAAAACGAAAAUAUUGAAGAAACAACGCACGAGAUCGAAGCGUUCGGUGUACAAAUCCGGAGGGGACAGCGCCCUAACCACUCUGGAGAAGUUGAAAUUGAAGUACACAUCGUGAUGGGCUGCCCAUUAUUUGCAGCGAAUUUUACGAAUGUCCAGUAUGCAUUUGUAGACUGCACCUUCGAUGCCGUUCCGAACAUUAAAGGAGCGAAUCAAUUCUUUACUCUCAUGGUGGAAUAUGACGGGCAGUAUUUCCCGAUUGCGUUCUCGGUAAUGGGCAAGAAAACCGAAGAAGCAUAUACGGCGGUGUUGGAAUGCAUUGUCUUGAAACUAACGCCGUUUUUGAGACCGAAAAUGGUGAUGGCCGAUUUCGAGACACCGUUGCAAAAAGCAAUAGCGAAAGUUUUCCCGGAAGCAAAUACAAAGGGUUGUUGGUUUCAUCAUAAUCAAGCUAUCGUUCGAAGAUGCCAACGGACAUCUUGUUUUUCAAAAAUCAAAAGUCGCUUUCCACAACAUCUAGAAGAGGCAUACAGAUUUCAGCGACAUCUCAUGAAUCUCAGCCUCUUGCCGCCUCCGUUUAUUGAGGAGGCAUUUGAAAUGUUGAGUAUGGAUUUGGCGAAAAAUUCCGAUCUUGCGGGAAUUUUUGAGGAUCUAUGUGCCUAUUACAAACGCUUUUGGAUCCUCACAAAAGGCCCAGCUUCGUUUUCCGUUUACAGAAAUACAAUACGGACCAACAAUCCACUGGAGCGUUGGAACCGCACACUGAAGUCCGCAGCGUCAUUGAAGCCCGAAAUUGGAAAAUUUAUCGUGGCACUGAAGCGAUUGGUGCAGUCAUCUUACCUGGACUUUUUGACAUUAAAACAGGGGAAUAAUCCUCAUCGGAAGCGGUGCGCUGCAACAAAAAAUAAGGACGCGUUGUUGGAAAAAGCGUGGGAACGACUGGGCGAGUUAUCCCUCUGCAACAAAGAGGAACGGGUACGGCGUUAUAGGGUUUUUUUGGAAGAGGUCGCUGAUCAAACGGUCGGCGGGGAGUGUGAUUCCGACUCCAGACAAAAUAUGCAGCAGGAUACCGACAGAAUGAUUGAACCAGUGAACGAAUAUUAGUCCGGGUGAUAAGGAUCAGGAUAAGAUGGACGUUACGAAAACGUGAUGGCCCUUUAUGCAUGGAAGUUAUUAUUCCUCAUAUGUGCAAUUGUUUAUGCCAAAUGCCAUUAAGAAUAUUAAUAGAGACAAAGUGUUUUUCUUCUCUAAUGCGACCAUUUUUUUCUCCGCUCGGAUUUAAAAAAAAAUUGGAGAAACGUUCAAAUGUCAUCGUACAGAAUAGUCAUGUUGCUAGUCAAAUAUCCUAAGAAGUAUUCUCUCUAAAAACAACAACAGUACAAACCAAAACGUACACGAAAAAAUAUAUAUUUCUUAGAAAAUUAUUCUGUGCACAAAAAAGUUCAAAGUACAUAAGUUACGAGUGAGAAAUUUUGUGGCUUUUCAAAAUCUGACAUAUUGCAGGAGUUGAAUGACUUUUUUUCUUUCCAAAAUUCAUUGAAAAAAUAGAAAAUUUCGUUUAUGCUGUAAUUGAUUUUUCCUUUUUUUUAUAAAACUAGCGAAAAGUGAGUAAAUUUGUUAAAGAAAUCAUGAAACUGCCGUUUUUGAAAUGUUCUCUGUCACUAUUAUGGUUACUAAAAAUUGACAAAAAUAUCGCUAUAUAAGUGGGUACAAUUUCUCUGUGCAUCUCGUAACGAAAUUUCGAUAUUAAUUAAAUCGAAUUGAAAUAGAAUGUUCAACUCUAUACAUACAAAUAUGUCUAUUUUUUAAGUUAGCGGUGCUAUUUUUUAAGUUAUGGCAAAAGAUAAACGAUGAGAAAAAUAUUUCCAGAGUGAAUCCUCGUGAGAUUGGUUAUCCACAGUUGUUAUUUGAAUGCAAAUGAAUUUUUCUUGUAUCGUAUUGAAUUAAUCAUCAACAGCAUUGAGAACCAGUUUUCGAAUAAAUAU